AUGGUUCUUUCAUUUUUUCUUUCAGCUUUAAUAAAUUGCAAUCUUCUCUCUCUCUCUCUCUCUCUCUCUCUCUCUAAUACGUUGAGUUUCUUUUUUUUUGCUUCUUGCUUCUUAUUUUUCCUCUUACUUUCUUUCAUUUUUUCUUUUUCAUUCUGGGUUUUUUACUUCUUAAUUUUCCUCUUUCUUUCUUUUUUUCUUUCUUAUUUUUCAUCUUUCUUCGAACGUUCUUCAACUUUCUUUCUUUGCUUAUACGUCUUUCUAUUUUCUUUCUUUCUUUCGUUGCUUCUUGUUUCUCCUCUUUCUUUCUUUCUUUCUUUCUUUCAUCAACUUCUUUUCUUUGUUUAUACUUCUUCCUCUUUAUUUCUUACUUUCCUUCUUUCUUUCUUUCUUUGCCUCUCAUUUUCUUCGUUCUUGUGUUCUCUCUUUUUCUUUGAACCUUUCCUUUCAACUUUUUUUAUUUUUUUGCUCGUACUUCUUCGUCUUUCUUUCUUUCUUUCUUUCUUUCUUUCUCACUCUAUAUAUCAUUUUUAUUCUUCCUCUUUCUUUUCGAACCUUCUUCAACUUUCUUUCUUUCCUUAUACUUCUUUCUUUCUUCAACAUUCUUUCUUUGUUCACACUUCUUCCUCUUUCUUUCUUCCUUUCUUUCUUUUCUUGGCUCUUAUUUUUCCUUGUUCUUGCUUUCUUUUUUUUCUUUGA